AUGAACAUAAAUCAAGAAUUAUUAAUUACGUUGAUUCAAGAAAGGCCUGUAAUAUGGGAUAAGACCAUCGACGAUUAUAAAAAUAAGCGGCUUAAAUAUGAUUCCUGGAAAGAAAUAUUUAUUCAUUUCCAGCCCACAUUUGAAGAUUUAAGUGGUGAUGAGAAAAACAAGUUUGGGCAAAUGGUGAUGAAGAAGUGGACCAAUAUGAAAGAUAGCUGGAUAAAAUAUGACAAAAAAAUUAAUGAAUGUAAGUCUGGUUCUUCAGCAAAAAAAAUAAGAAAAUAUAUGUUCUAUGAUGAAACGAUGUUCCUAAAAAAAAAUGUUGAGCAUCGCAAGACCGAUUCUAACAUGACUGAACAUGUUCAUGAUUCUAGCCUCAGUAAUGAAAAUUUUGAUAGUGCAGUCCCGAAUCUAUCAAGCUCGGGAUACACUGAACGGAGUGAGACGCAAAGGGCUAAAAAAAAAAGAAAAAAUGAACUAAGUGAAGUUGACAUUAGGUUUAUGAAGUUUAUGGAUUCAGCAGAACGAGAUGAGAAAAAGAAAAGCCGUAGUAUGAACUUUUUUAUGGGAAUCGCUGAUACAGUUGACAAGUUCAGUGAUGAAAAUAUGAUAGACUUUCAGUUUCAAGUAAUUUCAAUAAUUAAAAAUAUUCAACAAAGACAGUGUACUCAGUAUAUACCUACAUCAAGAAACCAAUGGGAUCAAGGCUAUCAAGGAUAUUUAAGUAUGACGGGCUCGUUGCGAUUCCCUCGUUCGUGGAGUCAGCGCCCUACAGCUGCUAGAUCGGGCUAUGGAAUAAGUCGUCCACAGACGUCUUCUCAUGAUUUUGGACACGGUUCUGGUUCAGAGCCAAUCCACUACCGACCCGAAUCACAAUUAUCUGUACAUAGUGUAAAUGCGGAAAGUAUCUCGGCAGAUUCUCAAGUUUCUAUUGAAGACGAAUUCGAUUUUAGUACCGCACUUGAGUAGCAUUUUCA